UUUGACUCUUUACAUUUCCCAACCUUACCCCCGCGAAUUCUCCCCUUGCAGCAACCUACAUAUAUAGAACCCGAUUCGAUCUCGUUUGAUUACAAUUCUCAAAAUGAACGGGACAGAAUCCGUCGAGUCCCAGUGGCUCACGCAACUCACGGCCAUGCGCCAGGCCAUUGCCGAUCUGAAGCUCCCCAACCCCACCACCGACCAGCUCACGUACGGUAGCGACUUGGAUUUGGAUCUUGACGAUGACUAUUCCUCCCCCGGAACGGUCGAUGAUGUUUGGGACUUGAUCAGCUCCGACGAUGAGUCUACUGGUGAGAGUCUAGACGAAAUCGACGAUCUACCUCUGCCUCCGAGCUCUAUGCAAUACGAUCAGACUUGGCUAGAACAGAGAUGCCAACUUCUCGCAUACAAGAAUCCUGGGGUGGAUGCGAACGAGCUAGUGCAGCAGCUGACGGCCUCCCUGGCCACCGAUAGUAGAGAUGACGAACUACAAAUGUCGCUUGCUGAAAUCGUUGGAUUCGACGACUUGGAUUUUGUGAUUGAGUUGAUCGCACAUCGGAGGGAGAUUCUGGGGAGCAUAAAUACGGGCUCAAAGACCCAGGCACAAACGGAUGGUCUUGCGUUGGGUGGUUUGCAGACAAGGGCUGAGAGAGAGCAGGCUCUACGGCGGCAGGACUACGAGCACAAACAUACCCCUCUGCUUCCCGAACAAGUGCGACAGGAGCCGAAAUAUCCCCAUGUUUUCAAAAGGCACGAUUCAAGGAACGUCUUAGCCUUGAACGGGAAGAGCUAUGGAUUGCCUGUGGGUAGUAAACAGAUUGACGAGCAGAGGUAUACGGAGGUUGAGGUUCCAGCUGCGAAAGUGGGUACUCUCGCAGCUCAACAAAAGUUAGUCGAGAUAUCAUCUCUGGACGGGCUGUGCCAGGGAACUUUCAAAGGCUACAAAGCAUUAAACAGGAUGCAGAGCUUGCUGUAUGAAGUCGCGUACAAAACGAGUGAAAAUAUGCUCAUUUGCGCCCCCACUGGUGCUGGUAAAACGGAUGCCGCUAUGCUGACCAUUUUGAACGCGAUCGGGAAGAACACCGUUCCUAGCCCUGUGGAACAGCCCGAUGCAACUGAUUUCACGGUACUAGUAGACGAUUUCAAAAUUGUUUAUGUGGCACCCAUGAAAGCUCUAGCGGCUGAAGUCACCGAGAAGCUCGGAAAACGCCUCGCCUGGCUUGGAAUUCAAGUCCGCGAGCUGACUGGCGAUAUGCAGUUGACAAAGCGCGAGAUUGUAGAAACUCAGGUCAUAGUCACAACCCCUGAAAAAUGGGACGUGGUGACCCGAAAAAGCACUGGGGAUACAGAGCUAGUACAAAAGGUACGCUUGCUGAUUAUUGAUGAGGUCCAUAUGCUUCAUGAUGAGCGUGGUGCGGUCAUCGAGUCAUUGGUAGCCCGUACCCAGCGUCAGGUAGAAAGUACACAGUCGCUUAUUCGCAUCGUCGGUCUUUCCGCAACUCUGCCUAACUAUAUCGAUGUCGCCGACUUUCUCAAAGUCAACAAAAUGGCCGGACUAUUCUUCUUUGAUUCCUCCUUCCGCCCAGUCCCUCUAGAGCAGCAUUUCAUCGGCGUGAAAGGCAAAGCAGGGUCCAAGCAAUCUCGCGACAACAUUGAUAUUGUGGCUUUUGAGAAGGUCCGCGAUAUGCUCGAGAGAGGGCACCAGGUCAUGGUAUUUGUGCACUCACGUAAGGACACAGUCUUGACUGCGCGCAUGUUGCGCCAAAUGGCCAUCCAGGAGGGAUGUGAAUCGCUAUUUAGCUGUCACGAGCAUGAAAAUUAUUCCAAUGCUCUUCGAGACAUGAAACACGCUCGUGCCCGUGAGUUACGGGAUCUGUUUGCCAGUGGCUUCGGUACACACCAUGCUGGAAUGACUCGAAGUGACCGAAAUCUGAUGGAGCGCAUGUUCUCUGAGGGCCUGAUUAAGGUGCUAUGCUGUACAGCUACACUUGCUUGGGGUGUUAAUCUUCCAGCUGCUGCAGUUGUUAUCAAGGGGACUCAGUUGUACAACCCGCAGGAAGGUAAAUUCGUUGAUCUCGGUAUUCUCGAUGUCUUGCAAAUUUUCGGUCGUGCUGGUCGUCCCCAGUUCCAAGAUACGGGUAUCGGUUUUAUUUGUACCACCCACGACAAGUUGAACCACUAUCUUUCUGCUAUAACGUCGCAACAGCCGAUUGAGUCCCGCUUCUCAAGUAGACUAGUGGAUAACUUGAAUGCUGAGAUCUCACUCGGCACAGUCACAUCAGUUUCAGAGGCAGUUCAAUGGCUAGGAUAUUCCUAUCUAUUUGUGCGCAUGAAACGCGAGCCACGCAAUUAUGGAAUCGAUUUCGCUGAGAUGAGGGAUGACCCCAUGCUGGUCCAAAGACGUCGUCAACUUAUCAUUCAAGCUGCUCUUGUUUUGCAAAAGAGUCAGAUGAUUAUCUUCAACGAGAAAACUGAGGAGCUUAGAUCGAAAGACGUCGGUCGGAUUGCCAGUCAAUACUACGUGCUGCAAACUAGUAUUGAAAUAUUCAAUGAAAUGAUGCGUCCUCGAUCUGGAGAAGCCGAUAUCCUGCGGAUGAUCAGUAUGAGUGGUGAAUUUGAUAACAUCCAAUCUCGCGAAAAUGAGUCGAAAGAGCUCAACAGAUUACGCGAGGAGGCAAUCCAGACUGAGGUGGACGGGGGCAAUGAUUCUCCCCAUGCAAAGACCAAUAUCUUGCUGCAGUCCUACAUUUCUCGUGCUAAAAUUGAAGACUUUGCUCUAGUCUCUGAUACUGGUUACGUUGCACAAAACGCCGCACGUAUAUGCCGUGCCUUAUUUAUGAUUGCAUUGAACAGACGUUGGGGUUACCAAUGCCAGGUUCUUCUGUCCUUGUGCAAGUCUAUUGAGAAACAGAUUUGGCCCUUCGACCAUCCGUUUCGUCAAUUUGACCUACCGCAACCGAUACUUAAAAAUCUUGACGAAAAGCUCCCAACCUCGUCGAUUGAGUCGAUGAGGGAUAUGGAAAUCGCAGAAAUUGGCCAGCUCGUUCAUAAUAAUAGGAUGGGCAAGACGUUAUCUAAAUUGCUGGAUAACUUCCCAACACUUACUGUUCAGGCCGAAAUUGCACCGCUGAACCGUGAUGUCUUACGCGUACGCCUUUGCCUCUACCCCGAGUUUACUUGGAACGACCGCCACCAUGGUGCUUCAGAGUCAUACUGGAUCUGGGUUGAGAACUCGGAAACAUCAGAAAUUUACCACCACGAGUACUUCAUUUUGAACAGGAAAAAGCUUUACGAUGACCAUGAACUAAACUUCACUAUCCCGCUUUCGGACCCGCUGCCCAGUCAGAUAUAUGUCAGAGCAAUAUCCGAUCGCUGGCUGGGCGCAGAGACAGUUACACCGAUAUCAUUCCAGCACCUCAUCCGCCCAGAUACCGAAAGUGUAUAUACCGAUCUUCUCGACCUCCAGCCUCUUCCAAUCUCUGCUCUCAAUAACCCAAUUUUAGAAGAGCUGUAUGGGCAGCGCUUCCAAUAUUUCAACCCAAUGCAGACGCAGAUAUUCCACCUUCUUUACCACACUCCAGCCAAUGUCCUCCUGGGAUCCCCGACCGGUAGUGGAAAGACAGUUGCUGCAGAGCUGGCCAUGUGGUGGGCUUUUAGGGAACGACCGGGUUCAAAGGUUGUGUACAUUGCACCGAUGAAAGCUCUUGUUCGUGAGCGUGUCCAGGACUGGAGGAAGCGCCUCACAGCAGCAAUGGGCCUAAAGCUUGUCGAGUUAACUGGAGACAACACCCCCGAUACACGCACAAUCCGAGAUGCAGAUAUCAUUAUUACGACUCCUGAAAAGUGGGACGGUAUCUCCCGUAGCUGGCAGACAAGAGAUUACGUCCGAAAAGUUAGUCUGGUGAUCAUCGAUGAGAUUCACUUGUUGGGUGGCGAUCGUGGGCCUAUUCUUGAAAUCAUCGUAUCUCGCAUGAACUACAUUGCUUCGCAAUCAAAGGGUUCCGUGCGUUUGAUGGGUAUGUCUACUGCCUGUGCCAACGCCACGGAUCUUGCAAAUUGGCUGGGAGUUAGGGAAGGGUUGUAUAACUUCCGACACUCUGUUCGACCUGUACCACUCGAGAUUUAUAUUGAUGGAUUCCCGGAGCAACGUGGGUUCUGUCCCCUUAUGCAGUCGAUGAACCGGCCUACUUUCCUGGCGAUCAAAAGUCACUCCCCGGAGAAACCUGUGAUUGUAUUUGUCGCUUCUCGAAGACAAACACGACUGACAGCUAAGGACCUGAUCAACUUCUGUGGAAUGGAAGAUAACCCACGUCGAUUCGUUCGCAUGUCGGAGGAAGACCUACAAUUGAACCUUGCGAGAGUGAAAGACGAUGCCCAACGUGAGGCUCUGUCUUUCGGCAUUGGUCUUCAUCACGCCGGUUUGGUCGAAUCAGAUCGUCAACUGGCUGAAGAGCUAUUUGCAAACAACAAGAUUCAGAUUCUUGUCGCAACGAGUACCCUCGCAUGGGGUGUUAACCUUCCUGCACAUCUCGUGGUUGUCAAAGGAACCCAAUUCUUCGACGCCAAAACCGAAGGCUACAAGGACAUGGAUUUGACUGAUGUUUUGCAGAUGCUGGGUCGUGCCGGUCGUCCACAGUUUGACUCAUCUGGUAUUGCCCGCAUUUUCACUCAGGACUCAAAGAAGGCCUUUUACAAGCACUUCUUGCAUACUGGUUUCCCGGUCGAAUCAACCUUACACAAGGUCCUAGAUAAUCACUUGGGAGCCGAAGUCUCCGCAGGUACCGUCACCACGAAACAGGAUGCUCUUGAUUACUUGACCUGGACAUUCUUUUUCCGGCGUUUGCACAAGAAUCCAUCCUACUAUGGUCUGGAGAUCUCGGCCGAUCAGCACAACUCUCUCGAAGCACAGAGCUUAGCCCAAGACUUUAUGAUUGACCUAGUCGAUAAGUCACUCGAGGAGCUCUCAGAAUCUACUUGUAUCGUAUUGGAUUCAGCAACAGGUGACGUCGAUGCAACCCCGUUCGGCAAGAUUAUGAGCUACUAUUAUCUCUCACACAAAACAAUCCGCUACUUGCUGUCCCACGCAAAGCCAGUUCCUACCUUUCAUGACGUGCUUAGUUGGAUGUGUUCCGCAACCGAGUUCGACGAAUUGCCCGUUCGGCACAACGAGGACCUUAUAAAUGCCGAGCUCUCUCGCAAUUUGCCUCUCUCGGUCGACCCAAUGGGAGAUCUACCCAUGUGGGAUCCGCAUGUCAAAGCCUUCCUGUUGCUCCAGGCAUAUAUGUCACGCAUUGAUCUCCCGAUCUCCGAUUACGUUGGCGAUCAAACUUCCGUUCUAGACCAGAGUAUCCGUAUUAUCCAGGCAUCUAUCGACGCUAUGGCUGAACUAGGCUACACACACGCAUGCUACACCUUUAUUAAUCUCCUGCAAUGCAUCAAAUCCUCUCGGUGGCCAGAGGACAACCCACUCUCGAUCCUCCCCGGCGUCGAUGCAAGCAGCGCUCCAUCUUCAUUGCCUAGUUCCCUCAACGCUCUUGUCUCCCUCCCCUCAGGCGCUAUCUCAUCUCUCGCUGCAAAGCUCCAGCUCCCACCAACAACAUCCAACCAAUUCGCCAAAGCCGUAUCCCAACUCCCUCAACUAUCGAUGUCCGUCCCAACUAUUACCUCCACGGGGAUCACCGUGUCCCUAACCCGCAAGAACCGCCCCAUAAACUCUGAAUACCGCAUCUACGCGCCCAAGUUCCCGAAACCCCAGACAGAAGGCUACUUCCUCGUUGUCUGUAGCGCCAAAUCAGACGGCCAGGAUGGCGACCUCCUCGCCUUGAAGCGAGUGUCGUGGCCCAGUACUAAGAACAACACUGGUCGCCCUGGUUCCAGCAAGCCGCUGCGGGAUAGGACAGGCCCGUUGUCGACAAGUUCUUCAGUCAAGUUCCCACGGAACCUGCCCAUGCCGAAGGGUGUUAAUGUGAAAGUGAUAAGUGAUUCGUAUCCGGGGAUGGAAUGGGCGAUCCCGACGGUAGAUGUGGAUUUGGGACCGCCGAGCCAGCCCGUUCCAGAGUCAUCGAAUUAUCCGAGGAAGGGUUAAAACGCACCUCUGAUUAGUUUUAGGCUAAGGAGUAACUUUCUUAUAGUUACGCAUCUAAUAUCCAAGUCAAGGUGCAAAAUAUCCAUUAUUUAAAUAUUGUAUGUAGAGAGAGAGAGUGAGUGUGUGUGUGUGUAAAUAUAUAGAAAUUUAUAGAUCCAAAAGAGCGGGUACUAAAGAACUCAUCAUGAUGGAAUUGCCGAUGCAAACCCCUAUAUAUAUAUAACGAACGAUCAUCAAGAAAGAAAACUCAGGGUCCAAAGACCCCCUAAAAUAUUGUGAAU